CAAAAUCAUUAGAAUUUAGAACUUAGAAGUACAUCCAAGUUCACAUGUUUCUCCACAAAAAUCCAAAUCUAAGACUUCUGAACCAAAGUGAGGAAAAAUAUUACAAUCUUACCAUUCAAAUUUUCAUCAUAAAAAAAGGAGCAAAAAGGAAGAUGCAAUCAGGUAAGAUUAAUUGACCAAAAAAUGAAUUUUGUUUAUUCAUAUCUUUUGUUCAUUAUAGUUUUCAGUUCAAAACUUUGUUCUGCCAUAGACAGAAUUACAGCAACUCAGUUUCUGAGAGACCCAGAAACAAUAGUUUCCAAAAAUAGCAUUUACAAAUUAGGAUUUUUCAGCCCUCCUAACUCAACAAAUCGUUACGUUGGAAUCUGGUACAAUCAACCCUCUAUAAAACAAGUAGUUUGGGUAGCUAACAGGUACAAUCCUCUAACUGAUUCUACUGGUGUGCUAAGAAUAUCAGUUGAUGGAAAUCUUCAAGUAUCAAAUGCCCAAAAUCAUACUCUUUGGUCGUCAAAUGUCACUCAUUCUAUAAAUACUCGUGUCAUAGUGGCUCAACUUCAAGAUUCCGGGAACCUUAUUGUACAAGGAUUACCACUCAAUAGGAGUAGUGGGAACGAGACGACUGUAUGGCAGAGUUUUCAGCAUCCUACAGACUCAGUUUUACCAAAUAUGAGGUUUAGUUUUAACAAAAAUUCUGAAUUAAGGAGAGGUUUGCAAGCUUGGAGAAGUCCUUCAGACCCAUCAGUUGGAAGGUUCUCAGUGGGUAUUAAUUCUUUUGGGAUUUUUCAGAUAUUUAUCUGGGAUGGAGAUCGCCCGUAUUGGCGAAGUGGACCUUGGAAUGGGAACAUUUUUGUGGGAACAAGAUAUCACGAUACUGGUAUUGGUAACAUCAUCGUUAAUACAGGGGCAUUCGCACAGGAGGAAGGACAAGAUAUUGUUUCCCUGGCAUUUACUGGUGCGAAUGAGACAUUGUUGCCCCGUUAUGUCAUAAGUUAUGCUGGAACAUUAGCUGAAACAUUUUGGGAUGACAGCAAGAAGAAUUGGGAGACUGCAUGGCACGCACCAGAAAAUGAAUGUGAUACUUAUGGCAAGUGUGGAGAAUUUGGAAACUGUAAUCCGAAAAAUAAACGAAUUUGCAGCUGUUUGAAAGGGUUUGUGCCAAAGAAUGAGGAGGAAUGGAAGAGAGGGAAUUGGUCAAGUGGGUGUCAAAGAAGAAAGAAUUUGCAAUGUGGAGUACAAGGAGGAAAGGAAGAUGGGUUUAUGAGGUUAAAGAUGACAAAAGUGCCAGAUAAUGCUGAAUGGGUGGUUGGUCUGAAUCCAAGUCAGUGUAGAAUUACCUGCCUGAAUAAUUGCUCUUGUGUGGCUUAUACACAUGAUACAGGAAUCGGGUGUUUGAGAUGGAGCGGGAGCUUGAUUGACAUUGAGAAUCUUUCUCCUGGAGGGAUGGAACUCUUCAUUCGACUCGAACAAUCAGAGCUAGGUAAUAGUAAGAGAAGCAAAGUAAUUGUUGCUGUAAGUGUGCUUCUAGCAGCUACAGUAGUUGUCAUAACCAUAAUCUUAUACUUCCUUUGGAAAUGGAGAGCUCAACCAAAGGGUAAAAUCCAAUCAGAUAGAUAUAUCAAAUCCCGAACAGGAAAGAAAGUUGCAAAGAAAGAAAAAUCAAUCUCAUAUGGAUUCAAAGACAAAAGCGAAGUUGUAAUUCAUGACUUGCAAGUAUUGAAACUUAAAGAUCUGAUACUAGCAACAGAUGACUUCAGUAACAACAAUAUGCUUGGGAGGGGUGGAUUUGGUGAAGUAUACAAGGGAAGACUAGAAAAUGGACAAGAAAUAGCAGUGAAAAGGCUUUCAAGGGCAUCAGGACAAGGUGCAGAAGAGUUCAUGAACGAAGUUGAACUGAUUUCAAAACUUCAACACCGGAAUCUAGUGAAACUUUUAGGAUGUUGUAUAGAGGGGGAAGAGAAGAUGUUGAUAUAUGAGUACUUGCCCAAUAAAAGCUUGGAUGCUUUUCUAUUUGAUCCACAACAGCAGGAGCUUUCUCAGUGGGAAAAACGUUUGAACAUCAUCCAAGGGGUAUGUCGAGGUCUACUUUACCUUCACAGAGAUUCAAGACUGAAAAUUAUUCAUCGAGAUCUAAAAGCAAGUAACAUUUUACUAGACGAAGACCUAAACCCAAAAAUUUCAGACUUUGGCAUGGCUCGAAUCUUCGGAGGGAAUCAAGAUCAAGCUAGUACCCAAAGGGUAGUCGGAACAUAUGGGUACAUGUCUCCUGAGUAUGCAAUGGAAGGACACUUCUCCGAAAAGUCUGACAUAUUUAGCUUCGGAGUGUUAUUACUGGAGAUAGUAAGUGGAAAGAAAAACAGGAGCUUUUGGAACCAGGAUGAUUUCUUGAGUUUGUUAGGAUAUGCUUGGAAAUUGUGGAAUGAGAAAACUAUCAUUUCACUAAUUGAUCCAUCAAUUUCUAGUUCAGACUCCCAAGAAGAGAUCGUAAGGUGCAUUCAUGUAGGGUUGUUGUGUGUACAAGAGUUUGCCAGAGACAGACCGAAGACUUCAGUAGUUAUGUCCAUGCUUGUCAAAGAUAUUAUGGAUCUUCCAAAUCCAAAGUCGCCAGGGUUUACACAACAUCAGACAUCUGCUGAUACCGGAUCAUGUCAAAUCACAGAUGAAACUUCCUCCACGAAUGAUGUUACUAUAACAACUUUGAUUGCUCGGUAGUGUAUCUCUUUAUAAAGAAGGGGAUGAACUUUCACUUCUUUCUAUCUGAUUUUCUUAAAUACUAAACUUUGACCAAGUGUAAGAAGAAUAAAUUACAAAAGAUUCUUUACAAAGACUAA